AUGAAAGCCCUCGUCUACACCAGCCAAGCCACAAUCCAAGUCCUCGACCGCCCCAAACCAACCAUCCAAGCUCCCACAGACGCAAUCAUCCGUCUCUUGCAUGCCUCCAUCUGUGGAACAGAUCUCCACAUCCUGAAAGGCGAUGUUCCCUCCGCACAGCCCGGAAGGAUCCUUGGCCACGAAGGCGUCGGCGUGAUUGAUGCCGUUGGCGCCGCGGUCCAGGACCUAGGCGUCGGCGAUCGUGUCUUGAUCUCUUGUAUGACCUCGUGCGGUGGCUGUCGCUUCUGUCAGCGCGGUCUGCCUUCGCAUUGCGUCACUGGUGGCUGGGUGCUGGGGAAUACGAUUGAUGGUACGCAGGCCGAGUUUGUGCGUGUCCCGCAUGCGACGCUCUCGCUGCAUCGAUUGCCGGCUGGGAUUGAUCCCCGCGCUGCGUUGGCGAUCUCUGAUUCCCUGCCGACAGGGCUGGAGUGUGGUGUGCUUAGUGCGAAUGUGCAGCCGGGUUGUUCGGUGGUGAUUGUCGGCGCGGGGCCCGUGGGUAUAGCCGCGCUGCUGACCGCGCGACUAUAUUCACCCUCGCUGGUGGUUAUGGUGGACCUGGAUGAGGCACGACUCGCGACGGCGCGAAAGCUGGGCGCAAAUGUCACGGUCAACUCCUCCGCCCCGGAUGCGCGACAGCAGCUGCUGGCGCUGACUGAGGAAUUGGGCUUCGACGCGGUGAUUGAGGCAGUGGGGAUCCCCGCCACGUUUGCCUUGUGUCAGAAACUGGUCGCUGUGGGAGGGCGCAUCGCGAAUGUGGGCGUGCACGGCACGUCGGCGGAUUUGCACCUGGAGAGGCUGUGGGAUCGAAAUAUCAGCAUCCACAUGUCGCUGGUUAAUGCGACAACGACUCCGCUACUGUUACGACUGGUGGAGUCGGGCAUGCUGGACAUUGGCUCACUGGUGACCCAUCAGGGAGUCACUGCAUACAAGACCUUCCAGGCAGCGGCACACCACCAGACGCUCAAGGUGGCCAUUGACUUUGAUAUUGCGUGA